AUGAGCCUUAAUAAGGCUUCUAUUCAGUUCCUGAUACCAAAGACCACUUUGAAGAGAAAACUAGAGAAAUAUAAGUCUACUCAAAUUACUGUUAAAGCCACAAAGAAACUGGGUAGAUUUGAACAAGAUUUUACUAAGGCUCAAGAGACAGUUUUAGCUACUUAUGUAAAACAGAUAGAAAGUCUUUUUAUUUGGAUUAACCACGAAAAAUCUACAAGUUGGCUUGUGAUCUAG